AUCUGAACAAACCAAAGCAUGUUAUAAGCAGCUAUUUGAUGAGAUAGAAAAAAAUUCUGAUGAGACCUAUAUGUCUCAAAUUUUAAAAAGAAUUUGGCCUAGUGGUGAUGCCUCUAAAGAAAAUAUAGCAUAUGCUAUAGCUGUAACACAAACUAUGCUUAAUCCCAAAUAUAACAAAAUAACAAUGUUGGAUACUGUUGUUAAAACUUUAAUUACAAAAAAUUUA